CAACCACUUAUUUUGAAUGGACUUCACUGCCCUCGUACUCACGGACCCGACCAAUUUCCUCAGCACCCCCCUCUUAUUAAUGGAUCUGACCAACUUCCUCAAAUUGCUAAGAUAAACAAUAUUGAUGAUAUAAAUAAUAUUCCACCUGCUAAUCAGCAUAUUCAAUACCCUAAUACCAUCAUCCAAAUCAAUAAUAACCUCCAAAGACAACAAUCAUUCACGUCUCAAGCUUCAAAUACAGCUGAUCAGCGCUUACAAGACUUUAGAAAUUGUAAUUGUCAA